CCCUUCCGAUUUCGCUCUUGACUGUUCUUGUUUUUGGCAUUCGUUGCGCCGGGCUAUGAGCUGGGCUGUCGCCGGCGCUCCUCCCCUACGGUUCGGUUUCGCGUGAAUUUCUCGGAGCUCUUGGUGGGAAGACGACGGCGAAUCCAAUGGACUGGAAUGUCAAUAAUGCGUACAAGACUUACAAAGAUAUGGAACCGAAAUCCGUGAUGGACAUAGCACUUCUGCCGACGAUUGAUCCAAUAGAUAUUGGGCUGGGUUCUUCAGAAAAGGGAAAUGCUAUUUCUUCAGCGAAACCGAGAAAGAAGACAAUGACAUCGGUCUAUCUCAAGUACUUUGAGACUGCUGCUGAUGGGAAAAGUAGAAGUUGCAAAUUCUGCAGGCAGAACUACUCCAUUGCGACAGCCACUGGAAAUUUGGGGAGGCAUCUUAGUAAUCGCCAUCCGGGUUAUGACAAGGCAGGGGAUGGUCUCAUUAAUUCAGCCUCUCAGCCAGUAGUCACUAUUGCUAAAAAACCUUUGCCCCAAGGGAAAACAUCCAUGCAGGUGGAUUAUGAUCACUUAAACUGGUUGAUCAUCAAGUGGCUCAUUCUAACUUCUCUACCUCCCUCAACCUUGGAAGAGAAGUGGCUUGUAAAUUCCUACAAAUUCUUAAACCCCUCCAUACAUCUCUGGCCUGGAGACAAGUACAAAGUGGUACUUCGCGAAGUUUUUAGGAGCAUGCAGGAAGAUGUUAAGGGGGCUUUGGAGCAGGUUUCUUCUAAGAUUUCAAUCACCCUCGACUUCUGGACUUCUUAUCAAAAAAUCCUCUAUAUGAGUGUCACUAGCCAGUGGAUUGAUGAGACUUGGUCCUUCCAGAGGAUGCUUCUUGAUAUUUGUCACGUACCUCAUCCUUGUGGGAGCACUGAGAUCUACCACUCCCUGGCGAAGGUUCUCCAAAAGUACGAGAUCGAAGGAAGAGCCCUCUCCUGCACCCACGAUAACAGUCCAAAUGCCUUGCAUGCUUGUCAUACACUGACAGAAGACUUGGAUGGUAGGAAAAUGGGGCCCUUCUGUUAUAUUCCCUGUGCUGCUCGUACUUUGAACUCGAUCAUUGAUGACGGAUUGAAAACGACCAAGCCGAUACUAUUCAAGGUCCGGGAGUUUGUUCUCGAGCUGAACGCUUCUCCGGACAUCUCAGACGAUUUCAUUCAACUGACUGCUGCUUAUCAAGAAGGAAGUUGGAAAUUGCCACUCGAUGCAUCACCACGCUGGAGUGGCAGUUACCAGAUGCUUGAUAUGGUCCGCAAGGCUAGUAAGGCUAUGGAUGCUGUAAUCAGAAAGUACGACGAAACUCUAGGUGGUAAAGUGCUGCUGAGCUCCGCGGAGAAGAAUGCUGUGAGCGUCGUCCAUGCUUAUCUCGAGCCUUUCUACAAGACCACGAACAACAUAUGCACGAACAAAGUCCCCACUGUCGGGCUGGUUCUCUUCUUCAUGGAGCACAUAUCUGAGAUGAUCACCUCCUGCCGAGAGUCGCGGCACAACCCAGACUGGCUAAAGAGCAUGGCAGAGGAGAUGGCGAAGAAGUCGAGGAGUUACAGCGGCCAAGUCUGCAACAUCUUCACUUACAUGACGGCGAUUCUGGAUCCCCGAAUCAAGAGCGAACUAAUUCCCGAGAGUCUCAACUUGGAUAAUUAUCUAGAAGAAGCAAGAGCCUACUUCAUGAGAAAUUACUCAGCUAGCCAUUUCGCGUCUCUGGCUAGCACAUAUGGUCCUCACGAAGUUGAAGACGGAGGAAGCGUUUCUUUUGCGGAGGAAAUCGCUCGAAAGAAACGGAGGGCGAGCAUGAACGCCACGACCGAUGAGCUCACUCAGUAUCUAUCGGAACCUCCCGCGCCAUUAUCAACCGAUGUCUUGGAAUGGUGGAAGGUCAAUAGUACACGGUAUCCCCGUCUCUGUCUCAUGGCCCGCGAUUUCUUGGCCGUCCAGGCGACCUCGGUUUCGGCUGAAGAUAUAUUCUGCGGUAAGGGCGACGAGAUAGAUAGGCAGAGGUAUACGAUGCCGCACGAUAGUACCCAGGCUCUACUGUGUAUAAGGUCAUGGUCUCAGUGUGGGAUCAAGUUGAAGUACAAGUCGACCGAAAUAGAUUAUGAGAGGUUGAUGGAGAUGGCCGCCGCCGCCGCAGAAAACAGCGGCCCCAGUAUCGACAAGAAACCCAAAUGAUCACAAGUAACGCAACAAUGUAGGAGAGAGAAUACUUAAGAUAAUGCCCGAAAACGCGUUCCUGAAAGUGACAUGAUACUUUCGCAUCCUUAAGCAGGGAAAACCCUUAAUCUAACUUUUUUUCCCCCUUUAACUUAGGUCUCUGUUGUAUCAAAGGAGAAAAUGGUGUACUCAUACGAAGGAGAACUACCGAUUGAUGUAAAGUGUUGAUGUUAUGUGAAUGCUAACCCCCAAGGAAUACUGAAUA